AGCAUAAAUUAUUCAGCAUCACCUAGAAGCAUCUCACCAGCUCGAGUGCGCCCAUGUGCUGGGGAUUAAACUUACUUUUUAUUUAUUAUUAUUUAUUAUAAAAGGAAUUUAACUGAAGUCGAGCCCGAGAUUAAUCGGAAAACGGAUACUAUAUGUUUUUUUUCCACUUUUUGUGUCUGUCUGGAAUAAUUCAGUUAAUUUUCAGAUCACCUGUGCUGCUCUUUUGUGAUAUUUUUAAACGCCAUUAAGCGAUAUUUUGUGUCUGUUUAUAAUUGAAGCGAGUGUCGACAUGUGGACCUUUCUUGGCAUAGCGAGUUUUACAUAUAUCUAUAAGAAAUGCGACGCGCUGCUGAGCUCCGCGACUACAGAGCUGCUGGUGGCCGCGGUGCUGUGCGUGUCUGUGGGGCUCAUCAUCACCUGUUUCUCCCUCCGCGGACAGACUCUCAAAGCGCCGCAGUUUUUACAAAUGCCUUUUCAACUCUUGAUGACAUUUUCCCCCACCAAAAAACUCUUCUCCGCGUCCAGCACUGAUAGUUGUAGUCGCUCUUCUAAGAAGAGAGAUGUAAAGCGAAAGAGGGCGACGGACAGUCAGUGCAGUCCAACUGAGGAUCCGGAGGUCAUCAUAGUGGGAGCUGGGGUGCUAGGAUCGGCCAUGGCUGCUGUUCUGGCCCGGGAUGGACGGCGGGUCACCGUGGUGGAGAGGGACAUGAAAGAACCAGACCGAAUAGUUGGAGAACUUCUGCAGCCGGGAGGAUUUCGGGUACUCAAAGACCUUGGCCUGGAGGGUACUGUUGAGGGUCUGGAUGCUCAUGUGGUGAACGGUUAUGUAAUCCAUGACAUGGAAAGUAGGACAGAGGUGGAGAUCCCAUAUCCCCAGCAGGAGAACUGCAUUCAGGGUGGACGUGCUUUCCAUCAUGGGCGCUUCAUCAUGGGGUUGCGUCGAGCUGCCCUCGCUGAGCCUAAUGUGAAGUUUGUGGAGGGAACAGUGACCAGCCUGGAGGAGGAGGAAGGUUGUGUGACAGGAAUUCAGUACAGGGAGAAAGACACCGGGAUGCUCAAGGAGGUUCGCGCUCCUCUGACUAUAGUCGCUGAUGGCUGUUUCUCCAAGUUCAGGAAGAAUCUGGUUUCUGGGAAAGUUCGGGUGUCGUCGCAUUUUGUUGGAUGCAUAAUGAAGGACUCUCCUCAGUUCAAAGCCCACCAUGCAGAGCUAGUUCUAGCUGAUCCCAGUCCAGUGCUGAUCUACCAGAUCUCCUCCAAUGAAACUCGUGUUCUGGUGGACAUCAGAGGAGAGAUGCCACGGGACCUCAUGCAGUACAUGACUGACAAAAUCUACCCACAGCUACCAGAGCACUUAAAGGAGCCGUUCAUGCUGGCACUGCAGAACGACCGGUUGAGAACGAUGCCUGCCAGCUUUCUGCCACCCGCACCAGUCAAUAAACAAGGGGUUCUGCUGUUAGGAGAUGCGUAUAACAUGCGUCAUCCUCUGACCGGCGGAGGCAUGAGUGUUGUGCUGAAUGACGUCUCCAUCUGGAGAGACCUGCUCAAGAACAUUCCUGACCUCUAUGACAAUACAGCUUUGCUCCAGGCGAAGAAGAAAUUCCACUGGGAGCGGAAAUCCUCUCACUCGUUUGUGGUGAACGUUUUGGCUCAAGCGUUAUACGAGCUGUUUGCUGCGACUGACAAAUCACUGCAUCAGCUACGAAAAGCAUGCUUUCACUAUUUCAAGCUCGGUGGAGAAUGCAUCAAUGGACCAAUCGGGCUCCUGUCUGUGUUGUCGCCAAAACCCUUGACUCUGAUUGGACACUUUUUUGCCGUGGCCCUGUACGCUAUAUACUUCAGCUUCAAGUCUGAAUCCUGGCUCACAAUACCACGAGCACUGGUCAACAGCGCAGCCAUCCUGUACAGAGCCUGUGCCGUCAUGUUUCCUCUCAUAUACUCGGAGUUACAGUACCUGGUUUACUAGAAAAAGAGACUGAUUUUAAAUUUGCUGCGACACAUCUGCCUUUAGUGCUUACAUCCAAGUGCCUCAUUUACUUUGAGGGGAAAAAAGGGAUUCAUGUCAGAUAAAACACAAUAAAAGGAGCGAGUCUCAGAUAA